AUGGCAUGGGUAUACUAUGUUGUGUUCAGUGUUGUUGUGGAUUUGUUAGUGUCGGGAGAAAACUGCACGUCCUCUGGCUUGUGUUCCUGUUCUGUUACCAGGAAUGGCAUUAGAGCUGACUGUGGUAAUUUGAAUAUAUCCGACAAAGACUUACCCGUAUUUACUGAUCGUGUUACAGAGAUAAACCUCAGUCACAAUAACCUCACCAAAUUUCCUACAACUUUACCGUCCAACUUGAUUUAUCUCGAUUUGUGCGACAAUAACUUGGAAGAGAAUGUUAUAAACACUUCAAGUCUAACUUUUGGAAAUUCGUUAUUGAUACUCAAGCUAGACGAUAACGAAAAAUUGAAAAACAUUUCAUCUUUAAAGACUGUUUUUGAUAGAUUUGUUAAUUUGAAAAAUCUGUCGAUGAAAAAUACACCUAAAGAUCAAUUCAGUCUAAGAAGAAAUUCAUUUCCAGAACGCCUUCUUGAAAACUUGGUACAUUUAAUCCGACUUGAUUUUAAUGGAUACAACUUUGGUGCUGUGUCGGAUCUUUUCAAUGGCUUUAAUAAUUCUGUUGAGGAGCUUGAUCUCUCAGGAAAUAAUGGCUCAUGUAGCAUUGAUAUCAUAGGGGGAAAUAUGUUUGAAUAUCUUACAAAGAUUCGCUUUAUUUCUAUUUCAUACUGCAGAGUGAAAUCUGUGAAUUCAGGUGUGUUUGAGCACUUAUUCUAUCUUAACCAUCUCGACAUUUCUAAUAACGAAAAACUGACAUUGGAUGUUCUUAAAAACCUCACUUUCUCUCGUCCACCCUCAAUCCGAAAACUAUAUGUAAAUAAUGUUCAAUGCACUUUCGGUUUGACAACGGCGAUACGAGUCGAACACGUGUCUGCAUGGAAUGAAACAAACCUUGAAGAGCUUCAUGUUGCAUCUAACAGAAUCGCUUACCUGGAUAGACUGGUCAUGGGAAUGUUACCCAAAACCCUGAGAAUCAUCAACAUAGCAGAUAAUCAACUCACAUACGGCUUAUAUCUUUUCGAAGUCCACAGUUUACAGAGUUUGACAAUGUUGAACAUUAGUUUUCAGGUUAACACGCAUGCCCCAACAGUUACCAAUUUUUUGGAAGAGUGCUUGGAUAGAAAAAGAAAAAGGACUGCUCCAAUGCGUACAUUAAGACUUCCUAAUUGGGGUGCCUGGUUUAAUCCAAAAAUCACUUUUUAUAUGCCACCACGCUUAAAGACCAUCUUUGUUGAUCGAACUAGAUAUUCACUCUCUGUUAGCUCUGGAAUAAUUUUGGCAAAUAAUUCAGUCACACAUUUAUAUGCAAGUCGUAACUUGUUUUUUGAAAUUCGUUCUCCAAUGCUGGGCUUGCAAAAAGUGGAACAUGUUGAUCUUUCAAAAAAUGUUGGCAAUUUUCUGGUGGCCAACUCCUUUUAUGAUUGUAAGAAUUUAAAAUUUCUGAAUCUUUCUUACAAUUUUCUUGGAAGAUGUCUAGAAAAUGACACAGAAGGAAAUAUUUUUAACGGUCUAUAUAAUUUAGAAACAUUCGAUUUGUCAUACAAUCGAAUCUUAAGUCUGUCUAAGAUGAUGUUAAAAAGUUUUCACAAUAUAAAAUAUUUGAACAUCAGCUUUAAUAAAUUAAGCGAAUGGAAUGUAGAAAUGGGACACAUGAAAAAGCUGGAAUUGUUGGAUUUGUCAUACAAUGAAAUUUCUAUUUUCAACGAUAAAACAAUUCAAGAUCUUAAUUCCAUUCGCCAUUCAAAUACUACACAGAUUAAUCUAUAUAACAACCCAUUACGCUGCUCUUGUGAAAGUCUGCAGUUUCUGAAAUGGAUGAAUAGGUCCAAGUACAUCCGGUUUAUCCACGUGGAAAAGUACAUUUGCCACUUUAGCAACGGAACAACUAGAAGGAUUGGCGAUAUCCAUUGGCUGAUUUUACAAAUGGAGAGGGAAUGUUCCUCCUAUUCAGCCAUUAUUACAAUAUGUGUCCUCGCCAUCUUUGCUUUUGCCACUCAUCUGGUUAGGGGCAUUCUCUAUCGUUAUAGAUGGAGAAUUAGGUACAUAUACUACAAUGCAAAAAGAAAGUACAAAAAUAACGAAAAGAAAAUAUUUCCUACAAAAUUUCGUUUUGAUGCCUUUAUUUCCUAUGCAGAGGAAGAUCGGGGAUUAUUCAUUGACGAUAUUUUAAGACUUGAGAAGUCUGAGUCUGCCCGAUAUUGUCUCCAUUGUCGAGACUUUAUUCCAGGAACGAACAUAGCUGACAACAUCAUUAAUGCCAUCCGUAACAGCAGAAAAACAGUAUGCAUGCUCUCCAUCAACUACCUCAAGUCAAGGUGGUGCAUGUUUGAAUUCAAUAUGGCGCGUAUGGAGAGUAUUUACUCCACUUACAGACAUGGCGAAAAUGUCAUAUUCCUUGUAGUUUUGAAUGACAGCGUGGCUGCUCAUAAGGACCUGUCGCCAUCCAUGAUCAGUCUUAUGGAAUCUCAAUCUUAUUUGAAGUAUCCGAAAGACAGGAAGGAGACUCCCGCCUUCUGGGAAAAGUUUUCCAUCAAAUUACAAGACUUCUGUAACACUGAAGAACACUGUAAAUGA